CACGGUGGGAAUAGCUCCUUCAGGGGCCGAGGACCACCCACCUGGGCCCUUCCUGGCAGCAAAGACUGCGGCCGGGUCCCGCAGGGGAGCCGGGCACAGCGGCUACGCCCAGGGCAGCCCGGGUGGGAGCCAGUUCCCAUAGGGAUCGCGGGCCGGGCAGGCGGAGAAGAGGGGACGGGCCGGAGUCCCGGAGUCGGCCAGGUGGAAGCAGGGCCCCGCCGGGCUGCCGCAGCGCCGUCCUUGACAGAGACCCGUCGCUGAGUUGCGGGCUCCAGCGCAGUCUGUCCGUGCCAGUAUUUUACAAGCGACGUUUUCAAACUAUGUGAGGAUCUAUGUUAAGAAGAUUUAUUCCUCUGUGAUGGAGAAGUAUGAAAAAAUUGGGAAGAUUGGUGAAGGAUCCUAUGGGGUUGUUUUCAAAUGCAGAAACAGGGACACGGGUCAGAUCGUGGCCAUCAAGAGGUUUCUGGAAUCAGAAGAUGACCCUGUCAUAAAGAAAAUCGCCCUUCGAGAAAUCCGCAUGCUCAAGCAACUCAAGCAUCCCAACCUUGUGAACCUUAUUGAAGUCUUCCGGAGGAAGCGGAGGCUUCAUCUGGUGUUUGAGUACUGCGACCACACGGUUCUCCACGAACUGGACAAAUACCGAAGAGGGGUGCCGGAACAUCUUGUGAAGAGCAUCACUUGGCAGACAUUGCAAGCUGUAAAUUUUUGCCAUAGACACAAUUGCAUACAUAGAGAUGUGAAGCCGGAAAAUAUCCUCAUCACCAAACAUUCAGUGAUUAAGCUUUGUGACUUUGGAUUCGCUCGGCUUUUGACUGGACCGAGUGACUACUACACAGACUACGUGGCUACCCGGUGGUACCGCUCCCCGGAGCUGUUGGUGGGGGACAUGCAGUAUGGCCCUCCAGUAGAUGUUUGGGCAAUCGGCUGUGUGUUUGCGGAGCUGCUGUCAGGGGUGCCUCUGUGGCCGGGCAAAUCUGAUGUGGAUCAGCUCUACCUGAUCAGAAAAACCUUGGGAGAUCUCAUUCCUAGGCACCAGCAAGUGUUCAGCACCAAUCAGUACUUCAGUGGGGUGAAAAUUCCAGAUCCUGAAGAUAUGGAACCACUUGAAUUAAAAUUUCCAAACAUUUCUUAUCCUGCCCUGGGGCUCUUGAAGGGCUGUCUUCACAUGAAUCCUGCUGAGAGACUGACGUGUGAGCAGCUGUUGCAACACCCGUAUUUUGACAGCAUCAGAGAAAAAGGGGGUUUGGGCAAAGAUCAUGACAAGCCAACAAGGAAGGCCCUAAGACAGAAUCGAAAGCACCUGCCUGGGUGUCAGUACCUACCUCAGCUGACUAACAGCAGCAUCCUUCCAGCUUUGGACAAUAAGAAGUACAACUACAAUGCCAAGAAACUUAACUACCAUUUUCCAAACAUUUAAGGAGCUUGGAGAUGGAUGAUAAAAGAAAGAACUGAUCAAUAAUUAAAAAAAAAAACCUAAUACAUUUGACUGACAACCAUCCAAAUGUUGAGAAAACAUAAGUAACUAACGAGGGGAGACCACUUGGCAAGGUAGGAAGGGAACUUCCAGAAGCAGUCUUCCAUGCUUGGUGAUGCUGUCUGGAACAGAAGGGGAAAACUUACUUGGUUUUCCACUAGAGUUUUUCUUGUAUCUAAAUAGCUGAACUUAUGGACAGAUAUAGAAAUGGUAUCUACUGCCCAUCGUUCCAGCAAAACAAGAGAUGUAAAAAUUAUUUAUGCUUCCCUUGUACCAUAGGCAACAGUGAGAAAUGGAUCACAAAAUGCCCAUAUGUAUUUCUGUAGGUCUCUGUUCCCUCGAGUCCUAUCUCCUGUCUUUCCAGAUUGUUUCAACAUGUUUAAGGGGUGUUUUAGUUCUUGCAAUCAAAAUAUUUAAAAUUCCAUUUCCUGUCUGUUCUAUCUCUUGGUUUUUAAAUUUUAAAACAUUUUUGGAAUUUUUAAGUUAUUCAAAAUACUUAAAAUCAUGUAUUAUCAAGACUCACAUAUGCUUAUGUAUUUAAUGAUACGUUUAUAGACAUUUCUCACAUAUACUUUUGUCUUUACCUUUAGUAAAGAAUGCAUCUUAGUCAUUUUUGCAGGUAAGGCGGAUUACUAUACUCCACCUACAUUUGUUCACUCAAUUCCCCUUGAAAACAAUGGUAUGCAGAUUGGCGCUGACCAAGGUGUAAGGAGUAGAACAAAACCUAUAGGUUUGGCAGGAACUGAACCUGCCAGCCUAAGAGUAAUUAGUACUUCAUUCUCUCCAGCUCAGCCUCAGACUUGGAGACAGAUCUGCAGGCAGGACUAUAGUGAUCUGGGUUUUGGAAGAAAUUGCUUAUGAGCUUUUACCUGGCUCAUGAAAGACCUUAGGUGGUAAACUGUUGUUUUCCCUGAAACAUCUUUUUAUACUAUAUGUAUAUGUGUGUGUGUGCACACAUGUAUAUAUGUGUAUGUAAAGACAUACUAUUCUAACAACUAAUAAUAAAACUGUAGUCCAAAAUGAUAUUGAGGAUUCCUCGCUUUACACAGUGAUACUUAAAACAAUGAUGUAGUUAGUUAGCCUUGAUUUGGCCUAUUGCUCCUAUUCAAACAGUUCAUCCUUGUCACCUAGACACAAGGGCAAUGUAAAAUUCAUGUCUUUUCUUAUAACUCAAAGUCAUUUUUGGUUGAUGUGCUGCUAUUUCCUAGCUGUUCUCAGCCAUGGUUCUGAAGUUGUAUUUUACUGUAUCUUCAAAACAUUUUUUCUGCACUCUUGGUUUACUGCUGAUUUUCUUCAUGAAACCAUUUGAUCUUACUCACUUACAGCUAAGUAAGUAACCCACCAAAUUCUGGCAACUGCUCGAUCAUAUUGGCUACCCCAGCCAGUUUAAUGAUAUCCAAAGUCUUCCUGAUGUAUGUAGAUCCUUGCAUAGGGCUGAUAAUAGGCUAAUUACUAACCCCAGUAUUAUCUAAUUCUUGUUAUGUAGUUUUGAGUCAAAUGACAAGGAAGGAUAUCCAAUUUCUGCGAAUAGUUUACAUUUUGUUUUCCCUCUUUUCCUUCACCCAAAACAGUGCACUUGACAAGGCAGAUGACUGUAACUGCCUAAUUUAUAUAACAGUUUUUCAGAAUAGAAAGUAGCUCCAGACU